AUGAACAUUAUAUCAAACGCCCUAUUUUCGACAAGAAACAGAUGCGGCUACUGCAAGGAUAGAGAGGGUGCAGAGCCGCAAGGGACACUGUUCUCUUUCAACUCCGUUCAGAUGACAGCCGCACAAUACCAAGCACUCAUAGAUCGGGGCUUCAGACGAUCUGGCACAUACAUUUACAAGCCAGACCUGGCUAACUCAUGCUGCUCUCAGUACACGAUACGGCUCAAUGUGGAGGAUUUCAAAGCCAGUAAGAGCCAACGGGGUGUGCUUAACAGGUGGACCAACCAUGUUACUGAUAAGGGAAAUGGAGGAAAGAACUCGGGCAAGAACAACCAAUUCGAUCUGGUAGCAAAGAUCCAAGAGGGAGAGACCGACGCAUUCAAUUCGAGGCUCGAGCCCAACAGUUUCACCAAAGAAAAGUACGAUCUGUACGCAAGGUACCAGAAGCAUGUUCACAAUGAGGGCCCUGAAGAUAUUAGCGAGUCUGGAUUUCGUCGAUUCCUGUGCUCUGACAGUUUCACUGAUUCCACAAGUGAUGUCUGUAAAGGUCUAGAUGUGCCAGAUAGACUAUCUGGAGGCUACCAUCAACUAUAUUACCACAAUGGUAAGCUUGUGGCUAUGGCAGUUUUGGACAUUCUGCCCUUGUGUGUGUCUUCUGUUUACUUCCUCUGGGACCCCGAUUAUGCUCAGUGGGGGCUGGGAAAGGUGGCUGCUAUGAGGGAGAUUGCUCUGGCUAAGGCACUGGGUGUGCCUUACUACUACAUGGGGUACUAUAUUCCCGACUGUGUCAAGAUGAAGUACAAGGGAGAGUACCAUCCCAGUUUUGUGUUGGAUCCUGAAUCGUUGACUAUUUCAGAACAGGAAAUCGACGAUUAUCCCUUCCCAGAGGGCAUUAAUGUGGAGUCGCGUGCAUUGGCUGGAGUUGGUGUUUGGGUCCCUCUUAAAGAGAUGAGUAAAAAUAUCAGUACUAUGGACGACUCGGCACGGUAUUACUCAUACGUCCGCCGCAGUGCAAAGACGGUCGACAGACCCAAGGAGGUUGCUGCGAGGGUGCGAUAUGAGGAUUUGAGUGGUGCAGGCUACUUGAAGCUCGAGGAAAUGAUGAAAGGCCUUCCCAAAUUUGCUAACAAGAAACAGUUUGUGGCUCCUCAGAACGUCUUGGACGUCAUUCCGUUCGAGGGACAGAAGAUCGAGUAUUUCAAGUACGACGAUGACAUGUACAGUGAUAGUGAAGAUGAGGAGGAGGUAGAAGUAGAAGAAUGGGAUAAGAAGGAAAACGAGAAGCAAACUGUGGAGGGUGUUUUAGUCUCCCUGGCAUCUCUGGUUGAUAAAACUAACUCUGCAUUUGCUAAUGAAAUGGCUAUGGGUCUGCUGGCCGUUCGAGCCACUGCAGGUUCUGGUCUUGGAGACAAAACUGCCAUUCUGAUGGGUUAG